GGAGCAGCCAUUGAAGGGGAAGGAACUGCGGGAGUGUGUGUGGUGUGUGUGUGCGUGCGUGCGUGCGUGUGUGUGCGCGCGCGGGUGUGUGGACAAGGAGGUGGGGGCAGCCGAGUUAAGAGUCCUAACUCCUUGGACUCCAUUUGCUAUUCUUUUCUUUCUCCUCUACAUCUAUUUGGUGGUUGUGGGCAUUUGUAUUUUGCUUUUCUUUUCAUUCAUUUCCAGAUCUUAAAAAUAAUUUUUUUAGGGUUGGGGGUAGUGGAAAAGGGGGUGAAGGAGGAGAGUAGCAGCAGAAAAGCAGGAGGACAUGGAGAUGAAGAAGAGGAUUAGUCUGGAGUUACGGAACAGAGCCCCGGAGGAGGUAACAGAGUUAGUCCUUGAUAAUUGCCUGUGUGUCACUGGGGAAAUUGAAGGCCUAAAUGACACUUUUAAAGAACUAGAGUUUCUGAGUAUGGCUAAUGUGAAAUUAAGUUCACUGGCCCGGCUCCCUAGCUUGAAUAAACUUCGAAAGUUGGAACUUGGUGACAAUAUAAUUUCUGGAGGUUUGGAAGUCCUGGCAGAGAAAUGUCCAAAUCUUACCUACCUCAAUCUGAGCGGAAACAAAAUCAAAGACCUCAGUACUGUGGAAGCUCUGCAAAAUCUUAAAAAUUUGAAAAGUCUUGACUUGUUCAACUGUGAGAUCACAAACCUGGAAGAUUACAGAGAAAGUAUUUUUGAGCUGUUGCAGCAAAUCACAUACUUAGAUGGAUUUGAUCAGGAGGAUAACGAAGCACCAGACUCAGAAGAGGAAGAUGAUGAGGAUGAAGAUGAAGAUGAAGAUGAAACUGGUCUACUUGAAGGAUAUGAGGAGGAGGAGGAGGAGGAAGAAGAAGAGGAAGAUGAAGAUGAAGCAGAUUCAGAAUUGGGAGAAGGAGAAGAGGAAGUGGGCCUUUCAUACUUAAUGAAAGAAGAAAUUCAGGAUGAAGAAGAUGAUGAUGAGUAUGUUGAAGAAGGAGAAGAAGAGGAGGAAGAAGAAGAAGGCCUUCGUGGAGAGAAGAGAAAACGAGAUGCUGAGGAUGAUGGAGAAGAAGAAGAUGACUAGAUCAUUCUACGAUUCAAUUUCCUAGAUCGCCUGGGUGUGCAACAGAGUGAUCACAUCUUCUUUCUUUUUCAUGUAUGAUAGCUCUCCCUACCAGAAGAUAAUCUGUAACUUUUUUAUAGGAGAAGUGUGGUUUUACUAUUUUUGCCUUAUCAUUCCAAUUAAGAUUUACUAGUUUGCUAAUGAUCAUGUUGUAUGUAGAGAAAAAUUUUCAUUAACUCCCUCAUCCCUCCAUUGUGCAAUUCUCUAGCAAUGUAUUUGGAAUCUUAAUUUUUCUAAUUCAGGCUUACUGUCUUAGACAUUUUUAGCCCAUAAUUAAAACAUGAUCAAUU